AAUACUCCUCUAUCUUUUUAACCCUCUCUCUCUCUAAAAACCCUCAUCCAGACAACUCCCAAUACCCCUCUUUUGCAUUUCAUUUUCCUUCCCUCUUUUUCUCUCUAGAAAAUUCUUCAGAGCUAAAAUCAAUUAUGGCACAGAAGAGAGAGAAAGAGGAGACCGAGCUGAAGGUUCCAGAAUCCAUCCCUUUGUGUUCCCCAACUCUACCAAUUUCUGCUCCGCCGCCGCACCUCUCAGCCAACGAUACGAAAAGGUCACCUGAGAUCUCAGAUCUGAAACUUUCGACUAGCUCGCUGGAGAGAAUAGAUCUGAAACUCUCUCGCACCAAAGAAUCCAGAUCUAGCUCCGAUAGCUCGCCGAAGAGCAUAGAUCUGAAACUUUCCACUAGCUCGCUGGAGAGAAUAGAUCUGAAACUCUCUCGCACCAACGAAUCCAGAUCUAGCUCCGAUAGCUCGCCGAAGAGCAUAGAUCUGAAACUUUCCAGCUCCGAUAGCUCGUCGGAGAGAUUAGAUACGAAACUUUCCGGCACAGACGAAUCGAGAUCUACUUCCGCUACAUCUCCGGAAAGUACCGAUCUGGUAGGUCGAAAAGCGGCGAUGAAGAGGCCGAGGGAAGCUAAUAGGUGUUGUGGAAUAGGUUGUCGUAGGAAAGUUGGAUUGAUGCCGUUCCGGUGCCGGUGCGGGGAAGUGUUUUGCUCGGAGCAUAGGUAUUCCGAUCGGCAUGACUGUAGUUAUGAUUACAAGGCAGCUGGUCGUGAUGCGAUUGCUAGGGAAAAUCCAGUAGUGAAAGCUGCUAAAAUUCUCAAAGUUUAAAAAUUGGAAAAUUUGAAGAUUUUUCCCGAAACUCUUGAAGCAGUCAAGAUGGGGGUGGUGGUUUUGGGUGUUGAAUGUUGGGGGUGUUGUUGUAAAUUUAACAAAAGGAUGAGGGUAUUGUUGUCAUUAAGUUAUUAAAAUAAGUUAGUGGAGAACUUUUCUUUUUUCUUUCUUUCCUUUUUUAAGUUUUAUAUCUGUUUGUUUUAAUUUUGUGUUGUGUUGUACUCCUGCAUUGUGUCAGGAAAAUUAUUUAUCCUUACUACUAAAGUUAUUAUUAACACUCAGUACUUAACCAAGUAA